AUGAACACAGAUCUCGACGGGUCUGCUGCCAUGGACCAGGACCCCAAUAUGGCCCAAACCAAUGGUUAUGGUAGCGACAACUGGGUCAGCUUGAGCCCCUAUAGCCAGAGUCCAUACGACAACAGCCCCAUGAACGAAUAUGCUGGCUUUGGAUUCGUCACUCACGGUAUACCGUCUGAUCCUUUGCAGCGGAUGCCACCACCAGGCUUGCCGCCGCAGCCUAAUCAGCCGGCGGCUCCGGGGCAUCACCACCACCACCACAGUCAUCACCAGCUGAUACACCCUGCCCCGUCACCGAUGGUGCAUCAUCACCUGCCCAUGCUAAACACGGCAUGGCCUAGCCAGCUGACGAACCCAACGCCAACGUCAUCUGCGGGCAGCUACUCUGCAGCAGCGAUGUCCAUCACGCCUGUGUCCAGCGGCCCGUCUUCAACACCUGCCCCUUCUGCCUCAACGGCCCCAACAGCGACUACCGCGAAACCGAAGGCCGGAGAGACUUCCAAGCCGCCGCAUCAUGAGAAGCUGCCGCGGAAAACUCUGAGCGCAGAGCAGAAGAGGGCAAUGUGCCUGUAUCACGACGAGAAUCCAGGAACAAAACAAGCGGAUAUCGGUGCGAAAUUCGGCGUGGAGAGAAGCACGGUCUCAAAGGUGCUACGCCACCGGGAUCAGUACCUCAAACGAGAACAAGACCCGGAUUUUGCCGUGAAGCGCGCCAAAGGCAAGCAUCCAGACUUUGACAGAACCCUCGGCAACUACGUUCGUCGGCAGCAGCAGCGAGGCUUUGACAUCAAAGACGACGAAAUCAUGGAGCAAGCCAAGCUAUUUGCCCAUGCAAGCGGGAAUCAGGACAAUCUCUUGGGUACCCUGACAAGCAGCUGGCUCCAGAAAUUCAAGCAGAAACACGGCAUCGGCUCGGGACGCUUGAUGCGGCGAGCAUCCGAGACAAACAUUCCGGACAGCGCGAGACUGUCGACAACGCUGACGGCUCUUAACAAGGGAGCGAGACCGAGCGGUCAUGCGCCGGCGUCGCCGACCCAGCCCCUUUCCCCUCUCUCAGGAAGUCGCAGCGACGAAGACUUACACAAGGACACCAUCGAAUUCGAGUUCACGUACCGAGCGCACGGAUCGCAGUCAAACACUUCGCUCUCAAGUGAUGUCCGAGACCAUGGCGCCACGUUUUCAGCCGGUGCCAUCAGUCCUGCUGCGUCAUUCAACUUCUCUCCUGAUCCAAAUGCCGGUGCCUUCACGGUUGAUCAUGCCAUGCCACUGCAAGCAGGCGAUGUCCCCGACUUCCAUCAUCGCGAGAAGCGAAGCAACACCUUCCCGUCCAUUGACGUCAACUUUCAGCAACUCCAGUAUCACGGGCCGGUCAUCUGGAACGCCCAUAGCAGUUAG